UCCUUUCGCUCCAUGGUAGGCAUCGAAAUUUUCUCAGUUUUCUUUCAAAAUGGUCUGAAAAGUCUUAUUUCAGUGACAGAUUGUCUGAGAAAUUCUUCCCACGUCGAUACGAACCUGUACAGAUAGACACAUUUGCGAAUUUCAAGAUGAGCUUGCCAAGAAUUGACAGUACUGCUGCCAUUAGGUCAUUGACAAUGUACGCUGGUGAUUCUGGCGGUGAUGAUGACAAUGAUGACAUGCCGAUAUCUGGAUCUGAUGAUGCACAGUCCCCUCCAAAGAGGAUGCGGCUUGAUACUGAUGAGAGUAGUCAGGAUAGUAGUCGCCAUAGUACUGGUGCAAGAUUUGAGAGAAUGGGUAAACCUAACAAAGUUUCCCGCCUAGUUUCCUACGCUGCUGAUGAGUUGGAUGAGGAUGAGAAAAGUGAGGAAGGAAGUGGUGAGGAUAUAAGUAAAGACAUUCAGGGAGUUGAGUUACAGUCCUCCAGCACAUCAGAAAUGAUGGCAGCCUCACGCAGUGUUCAUCACAGAAGCACAGACGAAAUCCAGCUGCCGCCAGAACCACCAGGACGAUGUUCAACCCAUUUACAAAAGAAAAUCAAUUCCUUUUAUGAAAAGAUGCACAAGGGACAGAAUCUGAAUAAAACAAUACAGAGAAGAAAAGAUUUUAGAAAUCCAAGCAUAUACGAAAAGUUAAUAGAAUAUUGCCAUAUUAAUGAAAAAGGGACGAACUACCCACCAGAGCUAUAUGAUCCAUCGAUAUGGGGAAAGGAGUCAUUUUAUGAUGAAUUGGCCAGAGCACAAAAACAGGAAAUGGACAAACGAGACAAAGAGAAGAAAGAUCGUACUAAGGUUGAAUUUGUGAGUGGCACGAUAAAGAAAUCUUCCUCCACGGCAUCAUUACAGCAAUCAGACAGUGAUGGGAAACGGAAGUCUAAAUGGGAUGCCCAGCCACAGGUGCUGCCUGGUCAGCGGCCUCCAGUAAUCUCAACGUCAGGCUCAAAUCCUGCCGUCAUAUCUGUAUCGGCCAGUGUUACAGGGAACAAGACAACGGUUAUUUCCGCAAUAGGAACAAUUAAAAAACCAAAAUAGGCGUAGUUGCAUGGUUUUAUACUGUUGAAACAAUAGAUGUUGAUGGCCAUUGAUCAUUAUACACAGCUAUGGAGCACCAUACAGGCUGUGCUGAACUGUGAUGUGCUUUACUUUUGUUGAUAUGAAUGUCGGUAACGAAAGUAACAUAGUGACAGAACUACCUGUGAAAUUUGCCCCUCCUGCUUGAACCUGUGACCUUUCAGGUGGCAGUUCAAAUAAUGAGGGAAGCAGGUCCAGGGGGUGAGGGGGGGGGGCUGUAAGCAAGGUUAAUCUAGAUUAAGGUAAAAUUAAUUUACAUGCAUUUAGUCAUUUCUUAACAUCAUUGAUGAAGGCAAGACAGUUCUUAAUCUUAACAAUUUUCACAAAAUUUAUCAUCGAUGUAUAAUUGAUAUCCACUUGUCAUGAAAUGUUAAAAAACAGAGAAAGACAAAAUAUUAAUUAUU